AUGGCUGGAAAGACCUGGACGAGAUUGAUAUACGAUAAGGAAAAAUGGAGGAAAAUGGGGGAAGCCUUUGCCCAUACGAAUACCUAUGAAGUCUUAGAAAACCAUAAUCAGCUACAGCCGCACAAGUCACGCUUAUCGUUCUUAUACCUUAAUGCUAGGAGUAUCCGAGUGAAAGGCAAAUUUGAUGAACUCAAAUGCAUUUUAAAAACAAUUUCUAAAACUGUUCAUAUCGUACUCAUAACAGAAACAUGGAUCACUAAUGAAACUCAGGCCCAAGAGAUGAAUCUACCAAACUACACUCAUUAUUUCAAUUAUAGAUCGGAUUUUAGAGGUGGUGGAGUCUCAACUUAUGUCCAUAACAGUAUAAGACAUAGUUUGUCUGAGUCAACAUAUAAAGACGGCAACAACUACCUGUGGGUCAAAUUAGACAGAUAUGCCACCGAAAUUGGACUUGUAUAUAAUCCUGGAGAUACAAACUUCCUAAAGUUUUUAGAAGAUCUUCGAUCGCAACUAGUACAAAGAAAGAGGGCUGUAGUUUUCGGGGAUUUUAAUAUAGAUUUAGUGAAAAAGAGUGAUAAACAAACUAAGCAAUAUAUGGAUGUAAUGGACGAGGCUGGAUAUAGCAUCAUAAACAAAAUUCAGAAAAAAUAUUGUACACGUGACUCGAAAACACGAAAAUCAAUAAUCGACCACGUAUGUACAAAUCUAAGAGAUGACUGUUUUCAUAUGGCAUUUAUUGAGACUGGAAUGUCUGACCAUAGGCAACUUUAUAUUGAAUUAAAAAAAUCCAAAGCCCCACAAUUGAUAUAUUCUGAAUAUGAAGCCAUUGAUUAUUCAAGAUUUUACAAAUUAUUCAAGACCUACAAUUUAGAUAUAGCAACACUUGAUUAUUCUCUACUAGAAGAGACCAUUAAGGACUGUGUAAGGAAAUGUAAACAAGUGAAGAAAAAGAUACUUAAUCCACCUCAGAAAGAUUGGAUAAAUGGAGAAGCUAUUAAUGCAAUUAAUUAUAGAAACCAAUUAUGGGCUGAACAGAAAAAAGAUCCUACAAAUAUAGUUGUUCAAGCACAAUAUACUACUGCAAGAGACGAGGUCAAAAGAAAGAUAAAGGAAACUAAAGAUAAUUACUUCUCCAACGAAUUUGUUAAAUACGCUAAUAACCCAAAAAAAAUGUGGAGUCUAAUAAAUAAAUUGGCUAGUAACAAAUUAAACAAAGAUUGCACACCUUCAAAACUUAUAAUAGACACCAAAGAGUUAACUCAAACAACCGAUAUUUGUGCAGCUUUUAAUACAUACUUUUCUACCAUAGGGCUGAAACUAGCUAAUGAAAUACCAACACAAUUUCACACUAAUUUUACAUUAGCACUUCCUCAAAGUCUUAAUGCUGAAUUAUCUAACUUCAGUCCAUGCACAACACUUGAAAUAACAAAUAUAAUAAAAACACUAGACACAAAUUGCAGUACUGGAAUAGAUGGAAUCAAUACUAAAACCAUAAAAUGCAUUAUCAAUGAUCUCUCUGAAUAUCUCUCGGUCUGCUUUAAUAAGCUGCUGCAUAAAGGUGAAUUUCCGGAUUCUCUAAAGAAAGCCAAAGUUACUCCUAUUUAUAAAUCAGGCAAUCAAAAAGCAGCACUUUAUCAGUCACAGUCGAUCUUAUCAGUCAUAUAA